AUGGACACAUGCGCCUGCGCUUUGGAGCUGCUGGGGAUGCUGGUGUACGUUGGAGCAUGGCUGUGUGCUUUAGCCACCACCAUCCUCCCACAGUGGCUCACCAUGUCCACGGCUCUGCUGCCCGUGGAGAGCUACGAGCUGGGCCUGUGGGAGACCUGCGUGGUGCAGGACGUCGGGGGGAUGGAGUGCAGGUCAUACGACAGCCUGCUAGGCCUCUCCGGUGACCUCAAACUGGCCCGCAUCCUCAUGUGUGCCUCCCUUACCGUGGGCAUGCUGGGAAUGCUGGUGGCCAUCCCUGGACUCUACCUGGUGAACAGCUGCAGGGAGCACGGAGGCUACAGGACCAAGAGGACUUUGACCAUCAUCGGAGGCGUGUUAGGGAUGGUUUCUGGAGUUCUGUGUCUGAUCCCCGUUUCCUACAUGGCUCAUAUAGCCGUCAUGCAUUUCUUUGACGAUAAAGUACCUGAUGUGGUGCCUCGGUGGGAGUUUGGUGAUGCUCUGUUCUGCGGCUGGGCGGGAGGGUUCCUGCUCAUCGUGGCCGGGCUGCUCCUGGUCACAUCCUGCAUGUGCUCACAGGUGGAGGAUGAGCCGGUGCUGCAGAGGAGACAACAGCUCACGAGAGCAGAAGUGUCCUUCAGGAAGCACUCAGAGUACGUUUAG